AUGGCCGGAUACAAGAGGGCAGUGGGGCUGUGCAGGCGGGGGUGCAGCGGAGGGGGUUGGGCGAAUGGGGAGAGAUCCUUCUCUAGAAAAGAGAAGGGUAUAGCCCCGACUGCGGCCCACGGCUUUUGCUCUUCUAACGGCGAGUCUUCUGCCUUCCAGGGCUGCGUCUCCCCGGACCUGUCGAGAAAUCCAGCCAAGCGCAUAUACGGUCUCCUUCCCCCGGUGUUUGCUAUGUGA